CGACGAAGAAGAAUUUGCAGCGACGAAAGCUGCUGCAUAGGAAACGGCGUAGAAGAAGAGGAAGAAGAGGAAGAAGAGGAGGCCCGCUAAUAACUUAAACCCCGGCGCUGAGUGAAGUCACAGCGAUGGCCACCAGCCCGAUGCUCCAAGAGGGCAUCAAAACAGCUGAGGACCUUCUGAAGCGAGUGGACCUACUGUGCAGCCACCAGAACCAGGAAGUGGAAGGCCGUGCCAAACUGUGCAGCAAACUCCGUGCCGAGCUGAAAUUCCUGCAGAGAGUGAAAGCCGGACAAGUCGCGAUCAAAGAGUCUCACCUGCAGAGCACCAACCUGACUCACCUGAAAGCUGUCGUGGAGUCGGCAGAAAGCCUCGAGAACGUCAUCAGCGUUUUGCACGUGUUCGCGUACGAGGGUCAGGAUGGACGGAAGCAGACGCUGGUGGUGGAUGUGGUGGCAAACGGAGGGCACACGUGGGUUAAGGCCAUCGGGCGCAAAGCCGAGGCGUUGCACAACAUAUGGCAGGGCAGAGGGCAGUACGGCGACAAAAGCGUGAUCCGGCAGGCGGAGGAUUACCUGGAGGCCAGUCGCCAGCAGCCCAUCCAGUAUAGCAACCCGCACAUCAUCUUCGCCUUCUAUAACGGCGUUUCCAGUCCGAUGGACCGACUUAAAGAGAUGGGCAUCUCGGUUAAAGGCGACAUCGUCGCCGUGAACAUGGUCGUCACAUCAGAUGAGGAUGAAGAUGAGGACGAAGAUGAAUGCGAUUUCCCUCUGGACGAGCAGACUCCAGAGGACGCCGACGAAGAGGAUGACGACGAAGUGCAACUCGCGCACACCCGCGUGGACCGAGACACCGUCGUAGCGAGCCUGGCGUUCCCUACCGACGUCAAAGUCGCAGUGUGUCCGCGCGUAAACCUCGACAUCACCACGCUCAUCACGUACGCGUCCUCUCUGAGUCACGGGAACUGCCACUUCACUUUCAGGGAGUACGUCCUGACCGAGCAGGCUGCUCAGGAGCGCCAGGAUAAGGUGCUGCCCAAACUUGAAGCUUUCAUGGAGAGGAAGGAGCUUUUCGCCUGCCACUCCGCCGUGCAGGACUUUCGCACCAUUCUUGACACUCUGGGCGGCCCGGGCGAACGCGAACGAGCCGAGAAGCUCCUCGCCAGGCUCACCUUGGUACCCGAUCAGCCCUCGGAGCGCACGCUGCGCCUCGUAGCCAGCUCCAAAGUCAACCACAGGUCGCUCAUGAUAUUCGGUACGGGUGAUACUCUCCGCGCCGUCACCAUGACCGCUAACAGCGGAUUCGUUCGCGCUGCCGCUAACCAAGGCGUACGCUACAGCGUGUUUAUCCAUCAACCUCGAGCGCUGACGGAAGGCAAAGAAUGGAGAGCAACGCCCAUAUAAUGGACCCGAACACAGUACACACAGAUAUCCUAAUAGCACGAACUCGAACGGCCGAAUGCGUCAGAAGUGCGCGGAGCUACGGUAGCACUUUAAACGAUGCCUGAUUUACUCGAAAAAACAUCUGCAAGAGACUUUUUCGUUCACGUUUUCAUACAGCUGUGCAGAUGUUUCACAGCUGGGCUGCUAAUACAGACAGCAUCUAUGCUGCGUUGGAAAAUUUUUUUUUUCUUUCAGCAUGAUAUUUUUUUUUUAUGAACUCAGUGCCUCAGUCUCUGGCUGUAAAGACUGCAGACAAACCAAAUGACACGAUUGUGGUGGAAAUAAAGUCAAACAUUGAACCACAAAUAUUGUACACUGUGUUUGUAUUCUGAGGAAAAAAAUGGUCGGAUAUUUGUUUUGCGAUCUGUAUGGUUGGAUCUUUUUUUUUUUUUCUUUCCGUCUGGCCAAAAUUGAAAUAAGCAUCCGUUAAAAAGAUGGCUUGUGUGUGUGUCUGUGUGUGGAAGUUUGUACAAUAAAAUCCUUGCAGUAAAGUUUAAGUAAGUUAAAAUAAAAAAUGUGAAAAAAUGUU